AUGAGUCGACUAGUUUCAAAGACGGCAAUCUGUGCAUUUUUCAAAAAUUGAGUUAUUAAUGUGGUAACACAGAUAAAUUUGAAUAAAACCGCUUGAAUUAGAAGCUACCUAACAAAAGCGGUAAUCUGCUAUAUAAAAAUCUAAUCAAAAUCCUGGCUUAGGAUCAUAUGUGGCAUUCUUUAAUACGUUUUUAUUCAAAAACGGCAAUCUUAGGUCAUCGACCAAUCAGAAGCGAGCGUUGGUAAUGGCCGCUCGCACAUUAUUGUACGGAGAUUUUAACACGUUUUUAGUGUUAUUUUAAUUACAAUUAAGUGAUUGAAGGUGUAAAGUUAUAAUGGAGUCAAGCCCCAGCCUUGUUACUAAUAAAUUUGCAAGAAAACGCAAACGAGAUCCCGAAAAUUGGUCAAGAAACCAAGCUAAAAUAUUGAGAUAUACCCCAAUAUCAAUGCCAGAAAAAGUUUGUAACCAUAACUCUAAGGCGCUUAAGUGUGAUACUCUAACAAUGUCGCAAAUGAAAAAAUUAGUAAUAAAGAUAAAUAAAUUAUCAGAUUUGAAGAAGCUGUUGUGCAAACAUUUUGGUGCUGAGUGGAAAGAAAUUCCAACUUUGUCAUAUUAUUGUAAUAUUUUUGAUGAGCAGGAGUCGCUUGAUGCAUCGACUAUACCACCUUCUGAUUAUUGCGAUGAGGCGUUAGAAGAGGUUCCAGAUCUCCGUAUAUAAUAAUAUUCUUUUAAAAUUUGUGUAAGAAGUAAGUGCAAUUAAAAGUUUGAUUUUAUGA